CAGGAAGUAGCAUUAGCCACCCUAGCUUGGUGGUGGAAAAUUGUGUUUUAUUAAGACACUACGCAUAUUCUCUCUGGGUUUUUUUUUCCACCGACGAACCAUUAAAUCCAGUUAAGGAGGAAACCGAUGCCUUUGCAGCCAGAAUGGAGGAUGUUUUAUGUACGAGCCAGUCCAUGGGGGGACACGAGUGUAUUACCAUCUGGGCUGAAUGCGUUGGCACCUAGAGGUAAUACGACAUCAGGAAGAACUACGCCCACUAGGAGUCGUGGCCAUAGGAGACAGCUCACUGCAGAAUGAGUCCGCACAUUGCUGCCAGAGUGGUGGUGGUUGGUGCUGGUCUAGCAGGCUUAUCUGCAGCUUCCACCCUGGUGAAAGCUGGCUUUCAGCACAUCCAAGUCCUGGAGGCUAUGGGCAGGCCUGGAGGCCGGAUCUACACUACAAGACCCUUUGGCCAGAAUGUCAUUGAGCUGGGGGCCAACUGGAUCCACGGUCAGGAGGCUAACCCUCUCUUCCUGCUAGCCCAGGAGCGGGGCCUGCUGCUGGAGGAGAGAGGCUCAGCCAGCAUCAUGUGCCUGCCAGGCUCCGUCACCCCUAGGGACUAUUUCUUCCGGGAGAGCGGGCGACAGCUGCCGGUGGACAAGGUGGAGCAGGUGUGUUCCUUCUUCAGCGGGCUCACCUCCAGGGCCUUCGGAUCAGAGCUGGAGCCAAGGCACAGCAGUCAGAGCCUGGGGGGCUACCUGGACGAGGAGUUCGCCCAGUCACCCCUGGCGGCCUCGGAGGAUGGCCAGAGGGUCUUCGAGUGGUGCAAGAGGAGCGAAUGCACAGAUGAGGCCAGCUCCUCCCUCUAUGAGGUGUCCGCCUCGCAGCUGGGUCACUAUGUGGCCUUGGAGGGGGGCUUCUUCAAUUCUCUGGGCCCCGGGGGCUAUCAGGCCCUGGCAGACACACUCUUGGACAACCUUCAGCCUGGAGCUGUGCUGUGUGACAGGCCGGUACACAGCAUCCACUGGGCCCUGCAGGAGGAGAAGAACCACACCCAUCCAGUCAGAGUGCUGUGCAAGGGGGGCCAGUGCUUCACGGCAGACCAUGUCGUCGUGACCGUCCCUUUAGGCUUCCUGAAAGAGAAUGCGGCGGCCAUGUUUGAGCCAGCCCUCCCCAAGUCCAAGGCCGACGCCAUCGAGAGACUGGGCUUUGGCACGGUGGACAAAAUUUACCUGCGGUUCGAGGACAGGUUCUGGCCCCACGACUGUGCCGGGAUCCAGCUGGUGUGGGACGCGGGGCCGGAGGAUGAGGAGGUAUACCAGCACUCUCGGUCAGAGGGUGGGGCCUGGAGAGACAUGUGGUAUAAGAAGAUCUGUGGCUUCGACACGGUGGCCCGCCAUCCCACAGUCCUCUGCGGAUGGAUUACAGGCCGGGAGGCCCAACACAUGGAGAGCCUGGAAGAGAAGAUGGUGGGAGAGGUGUGUGUAAGACUGCUCAGGUCCUUCACUGGCUGGUCAGUACCAGAGCCAGCCCAGGUCCUGAUGUCCAAGUGGGGGAGUGAGCUUUUUGUCCGUGGGUCCUAUACGUACCCCCCUCCAGGAGUGGACGCUGUGAGGGAACACACAGCCCUGGCAGCCCCUCUUCCUCUGCCCUGUGAGGCUGGACACUCACAGGCAAAGCCUCUUCAGGUGCUGUUUGCUGGCGAGGCCACCCACGUUAGCUUCUACACCACCACUCACGGGGCCUACAUGACAGGCAUCAGAGAAGCACAAAGACUCAUUGACCUUUACACCGAGAAGGAGCCCGAUUCCUAUAACUAGUGAUACACAAAACGCCUAAUUACUAAGAACUCCAGCUUCACAACAGGUUACUGAUACUGAUGAAAUUACCAUGAAUUGUGAUUGAUAUCUAGUACGCAGCUGCUUGAAAUCAUUAGAAUGUCACCACUAUGGAUUCAGCUGUGGACUUUGGUCUCCAUCAUGCGAUUGUGUUAAAGUUGAAGUGCAUUGUAGUUGUAUGUCUCGAUAUCAGUCCUUUCCUUUAGGGAUUGGUUAACAUACUAAUACUACCUCACUCAUAAUGUAAUGACCUCGUUCCUUCUUUCAUGUAAAUUGAAACUGUAGCUGUAAUUCAUUGACACCUUUUUAUUUUUAACACUAAUAUAUUUUUGUGAUGAAUAAACUUGAUAUAAAAUGA